CACAUUCCGGUGUCCUUUACCUCUUCCUGUUCAUUGCGCACUCGAUUUUACAGGAUCAAGAUGUCUGGACUUCUGCGGGGAAUCGCUCGUAUCCGUACCGCACCGGCUCUGCGGGGAUCAACCAUCACCCAGCGAGCCAACAUCGCCACACGACCGGCCAAGGAUUUGAUUGGUCCCGCUGAGACAACAAUUGGCUUGGCCAUAUUUUCCAUUACCAUCCUGGGACCAUCUGGGUGGGUUCUGGCCAACCUGGAAAGCUACAAAAAUAAGGGUGUUGCUCAGUCUGAGUGAUCCACCUGUCAUGGACUGAAAGCAAUUUGUCUGGUUUUAUUGCUUUUAACAUGUUGGGACCACCAUCGCACAGACCUCCAACUUUCCUGAACAGCGGAACAAUUUGAGCCACCCUGCUACCUCUCCAUGCGACCGUUUACUUUCCUUCAAACACUCCGGUCUUUGUUACUCUGAGCUGUUUGCUCCCUGUUACCAAUUAUGUAAUAACAUGUAAUCAUGGGUGAUUCAAUUCCCCUUACUUGGAGCUGUUACAUUUGAAAUAAACAGUUAUUUAAAUCUUA